CAAUGAGAGGAUUGCGUUUUCGAGGAGGAGGAGCAGUUCUUCGACCAGAGCCUCGCAACCGCGGAGCAUCCACACCCGCAAUUUGCUUCAGCGUUUCAUUGUCGCUGGGUGUUGCGCAUCUGCGCUUUGUAGUUCCUCGUAGCAUUUUGUUGGCACUUGGGCAGUUGGGGUGGUGAGAACUACUGGGUGUGAGGAGGAGGGCAGUUUUAAGCCUUGCUAGAGACGAUUCCGUAAUGAAGUCGCGAUACCUCGCAAUGUGAUGAGCCUUCGAAUCUCAAGCAUGUUGGGGGUCAGGGGGAUGAAACAAGGGAUUCUAGCGAUGCUGCCCUCUCAUGGAAUCUCGUGGAGCAGUUCUUGUGGUCAAUCCCCUGUCCGUCUGUCCAGCCUGGGUUUAUGGACGCCUCAUACUGCGUAUGGCUAAUUCUAGAGAGCAACAUGGGCUUCAGUGGCAUAUUUUGGAUUACAGCCCACACAUACACGUCAUAAACUGCGAGACCGUGUGGACGGAUUAUGUGGGUACGAUGCCAGGAGCUGAGUAGUAGUGUACAUGAAACUGCUGGUAGCCUGGCGAAACAGAGGUUGAUGAAGAGGAAAAUGAGACUAGACGAAUUGUGCAUGGAGCAGUUUCCCCAAUAUAGCCGAUCAUUGAUCCAGUCGUGGAUUUUACAAGGUAAAGUAAUCGUAGAUGGUAGGCCUGCUGCGAAGGCGGGGAGCUCUGUCAAGCCUACAUCCAAGAUUGAUAUCAUAGCAGAAGUUCCAAAAUACGUGUGCAGAGCAGGAUACAAACUGGAAGCUGCUUUGGAGAAGUUUUGUCAUGAUGUGAAUGGCAAGGUAGUUCUGGAUGCGGGACUUUCAACAGGUGGCUUUUCAGAUUGCCUAUUACAGAAUGGAGCUGCCCGAAUAUAUGGUGUGGACGUUGGUUACGGCCAGGUUGCCGAAAAAAUUCGUGUUGACCAACGUGUCACUAUCAUGGAGAGAACCAAUCUACGUUACCUACCAGGUCUCCCUGAACAAGUUGACUUGGUCACUCUUGACCUUUCCUUCAUCUCAAUCUUACUGGUGAUGCCAACAGUUUGCUCUGUUAUGAAGCCUGAAUCAUCGAUCAUAACCCUCAUCAAGCCGCAAUUCGAGGCCCGACGUUCUCAGGUUGGGGGAGGUGGCAUUGUGAGGGACCCUGCUGUUCACAAAGAGGUCUUGCAACGAGUGAUCAGUGGUGUGGAAGGCUUCGGCUUUGAAUGCCAAGGCUGGAUUCAGUCACCAAUAACAGGUGCUGAGGGGAAUAUUGAAUUUCUAGCAUGCUUCCAUCGAAUUCCAUCAACAACGGCUUCUUCCUCACCAGAUUCAAUUCAAAUCACAGUCUCUACCUUAGAAACAUGCUGAAAGCAAGCCUUUCUGAAUUUAAACACUAGAUCUUCAAUUUGUUCACUGCAGAAUUAGAUUACUUUGGUCCACAUAAUUGGUGGAGAUUUUCACUGCUGUCUUAGUUUCUCAGUGUAACGUGAAGCUAUUGGGAAAUCUGACAAUGCAGAGAUGUUGCAUUAGCUAUGCGAAGUUGCAAAUUACAGAUUGUAUGGGCUAA